ACUCGACUCGACUGAUUAACAAUCCUAACUACAAUACAAGGCACGAGCCGUAGAGAAGCCACGCCGGAAAGGCUUCAUAGUUGAGUUAUUAAACAUCAAAGUUCAGGGGCUUUUUAUAACUGAUUCAGAUUUCAGUUUAGUUUAGGGGAAAAAAGUUAAGGGGCUGAUAGUGUAAUUGACCCGGGGGAAUAAAAUAAUUAUAAAUAAAUGUUAGGCUGGUCGGUUGGACCGUUGCCCCACUUUGUGCGUCCUUCAUCAUGUAAUGGGCCCAAUUCAGCAAGGAGCCUGGGCCCACUUCAAAAGGGCUAAGACGAUGGCAUGUCCGUAAAUUCUCGGGGUCGCAAAUCCAAUUGCCCAGUCUGAGCUCGGGCAGGACAAAAAGCGGCUGCCCGGGCUGUCACUUUCCCAACGGUCACAGAAGAAGAAAAAAAAAAAAACGGUCGGCACGUCUCUGCCAUUGGAUUCUUUUUUUCUUCGCUAACCCAACUGUGUCAGUGUGUGGCUGUGAAUGGUUCUCCCGCAGCCGAAAGUGAACCAUCUACGUCUAGCUGCUUCCAUAAGUCGGGACCAAGGUUGUCAAACCGGUUUAUGUCACUAUGUCGGUUUAGCAAGUGGAAUGGUUCGACCGGUGGUACAUAUCGGUUUGUGCUGGUUCAUACCGGUUAAUAUUACAAAUAAUUUACAAUACUCAUAUUUAAACACGACAUUUAACGUAAAUACCUAAAUAUUUGUACUUGAAUCCAACAAAUAACAUCAACAUUUAACUUUUUAACACAUAAAACAAAUAAUAAAUGACUUUUUAUCAAUUAAAUUCACUAAGAUAAGAUCAUUUUACUUGGAGAUUCGUAUAUCGAUCAUGUCGGUCAUACCGGGAUGUCAUGCCGGUUUUAUGACUGGUUCAACCAGUGGCACGCCGGCCGGCGUGACAACCAUGGUCGGGACCAACCCAACCCAGCCCAAAGGAACCGCAGAAUUACUCUUUUAACCCCUCGUCCCUCGGUUAAUCAAUCACUCCAAUACCAUAGAAAAUCGCAAUUAAACUUGAGCUAUUUAAGUGAGGACGAUGAGUCAUGGCCAAUGUAACAGACAGCUCACCAUCCAAAUCAUCCCUUAAUAAUAUGCAGAGGAAUAAACAAACAAUUUGAUUAACCAGAAAGGGAAUAAACUGUGUUUGUUUAUUUAAUUAAUGGCUUAUGGGAACAGAAAAUCAGGGGAAUAAUAUUUUUAGAAGAGGCUUCUAAAAGGAUAAUGACAAUCAAAUUGGGGGACACCAUGUAUUACCAAUCUGUCAGCAUACCCAUUCCUUCCCUCUGGUCAUUCCAGAACAAUCCUUCAGGAUUCAUUCUGGAUUUUUUACAUUUACAUUCCAAUUUGUAAUUCUAAUAUUUUUUUUCUCAUAAAAACAAUUCUAAUUUUUAUUACUGAGGUGAUAAUGACAAUUCUCUUUUUGGUAUUUUGCUUUGCAUAAUGACCACUAAUCCUUUUGAUUGAAGGUAAAGCAUCCAUUUCAUGAUGACUCAUCAAAAGAAGAAAAUUCUAUUUCCCCAUCAUAUCACCCUGUCUUUUUCCCCUUCAAUUUUCUCCCAAAUUUAACGCUUCAACGAAUGUUCUAGUGGGCUAAAUGGAGGAAAUGCAAACAUGAAGAAAGAAACUAAAACAUAACCUAAAAUUUGUUAUUACAACUUAUAAAUCAUUAGGAGAACUAAUAUGAAUUUGCAUAUGUUCAUAAUUUUUUUUUUCAAACACACGUAAAGUAAUUACUUUAAUACUCACUUAGUCAAUUAACUCAUAUGUAAUAGUUUUAAAGUAUUAAAUCUUGUUUGAUUAAUAAUAAACAACAAUCGAUGGGUAAUGUAGUUAAAAUCUUCAUACAUAUUGAAGCAAGAAAACUUCCUUCUAAGUAUGUUCUUUCUUUCUUCAUCCUUUUCAUGUUUCUAACUUAAAAAUUAAAAAAAAGGCAUACAAGACUUUUUUUUUUGACAAUAAGCAACCUUUUAUUAUUCCAUCCGAAACCGAGAAAACCGGGAUCACGUUAGAGAAAUCGAGCAAUAAUUUUGACAAUUAAAAUCCAAUUCACUGGUAACGACCCCGCCCUAAUAUGUCGAAGGCACACAAGGCUGCAUUUAAGAUUAUUAAUUUAUUAUCAUCAUUAGCAUUAUAUUUAUAUUUAUAUUAUAAUGUAGUGAAAAGAAAGCAAUUUAAAAAUGAACUUCCAUUCCAAAGCAAUUAAUAAUGAGACAGAAUAAGGACACCAUUCUAUAAAGCUCACCCUUAUCUCCAACCCUUUCUCUCUCACACAGUCUCCACUACCCACUCUCCCCUUCCCAACAAACAACACCCAAUUCUCUCUGUUCUCGAGAGAAACCCCAAAGCUCCAAACUUCUUGAGAGAGAAAGAGCAGCUAUGGAGGGCAAGGAAGAAGAUGUUAGGCUGGGAGCUAACAAGUUCUCCGAGAGGCAGCCCAUUGGAACCUCUGCUCAAACUGACAAGGACUACAAGGAGCCACCACCAGCUCCAUUGUUUGAGCCUGGUGAGCUCUCUUCAUGGUCCUUCUACAGAGCUGGAAUUGCCGAGUUCAUGGCCACUUUCCUGUUCCUCUACAUCACUGUCCUCACUGUCAUGGGCGUCUCCAAGUCCCCUUCCAAGUGCUCCACUGUGGGUAUUCAGGGUAUCGCUUGGGCCUUUGGUGGUAUGAUCUUCGCCCUUGUGUACUGCACCGCUGGUAUCUCAGGUGGACACAUCAACCCAGCAGUGACAUUUGGGUUGUUCUUGGCGAGGAAGCUGUCCUUGACAAGGGCGGUGUUCUACAUCAUCAUGCAGACGCUUGGAGCCAUCUGUGGUGCUGGUGUGAUCAGAGGGUUCGAAGGAAAGCAGACCUUUGAGGUCAAUGGUGGUGGCGCCAACGUGGUGGCCGGUGGCUACACUAAGGGUGAUGGUCUUGGUGCUGAGAUUAUUGGGACCUUUGUCCUUGUCUACACCGUCUUCUCAGCUACUGAUGCCAAGAGAAACGCCAGAGACUCGCAUGUUCCUAUCUUGGCACCUCUCCCAAUCGGGUUUGCAGUGUUCUUGGUACACUUGGCCACCAUCCCCAUUACCGGAACCGGCAUUAACCCAGCUAGGAGUCUUGGAGCUGCAAUCAUCUACAACAAGGACCAUGCUUGGGAUGACCAUUGGAUCUUCUGGGUUGGACCAUUUAUCGGUGCUGCACUAGCUGCUCUCUACCACCAGGUUGUUAUCAGAGCCAUUCCUUUCUCAAGCAAGUCUUAAAUUAACCAAAGCAUGAAGGAGGAAGAAACAUUUCAGCCGGACUCCUUUCAGCUUCUCGAUCAUUUCAAUCCUCUUGAGUGUUGGCUUCUUUCUGUUUGUAUGUCUGGGCUUCUUAUCUAUAUCUCCAUGUGACUCUGGAUUCUGAGAGUUGUUAGUUAUUACUCUCCUAUAAUGUGUGUAAAUUAUUCUCUAGUGGUUGUUUGUAUCCCAUGUGGUGAAGAUGUCUUUGAAUUAUUGAGUUUGUAACAACAAUCUUGGAUAUGCACUAUUCUUUCUAUCUAUCUAUCCUUCAUGGGUCCAUUAUCCAUAGUAGUUUCCUAGAACUUGUGGCAUUUGGAAGCACCGAAUAGAUGCCCUAAAGCUCU